GAGAGCAACUACACACACUGAGCAAGUAGGCAACCAAAGCAACAAUCUUCUCCGGAAAGAGAACAUGAGCCAAAUCCCAGAGCGCGAACAGGCAGCGAGGCAGCACCACGAGACCAAGGGGCAGCCCAUAGAAAUGAAUUUUGAAUUUCAUGAGCCUAGUCCAACCUCGACCCCGAGUGACCAUGACAACGACCCGAACAAGCAAACUGGUAACUUUAAUCUCAACGAAAAGGCGACGUCGUAUCAGGAUCAAAACCAGCAGUCUUCCAGUCCCAAUGACCCAGAAGGCCAACAGAACAAUCGUGCCUUCUCUACCUACACAUUCAGUAAAUCGUCCAUCCUGGACGACGAAGGUCGACAGGUGGCGAGCAUGCAGGGCCGCUACGAGGACUCGUUGGGUCGUAUGAAAGCUGUUCAGGAGCGCCAGAUCGAUGGUACGAAGUUGCGCACGACGUGGAGCAGCAUGUGCGAAGGUCAGCCAGAGACCACUUGCUCGAGUGGAUCACCGGAAGAGUUUGAGGCCCAGUGGCAGCACACGCCCUUUGGUGAGGCGCAGAAGGCCAUUCAGGAGCACCAACAUCAGCAGCAAUUGGAGCGCAGUGGGUAGCAAUCAGGGGCAAGCGACCAUGUCCAACUCGAAGUGAGCUAUGGGCGGGGGUCGAUGAGCGAUAUUGCCUAAUGAAACAUUAGGCUCAUAAGAAAACAAAAAUUAUAAAUGUGUGCCAUUCAAC